UGUUCACGUGCAGCACUUCAGCUUCCGCCUUAUGCACAGUCACAUGUGGCGCCUGUUUAGUUUCACUUCCGCGUUUGAACAGAAAUUAUUAAUUCCUUUCAAUAAUGCAAGCGUUUUAACGCGAAUAUAGUCAGACGUUAGUUUAUUCCAUGUGUGAUCGUGGAUACCAGCGGAUAUUUUGACGUUAUGUCGUUAAGAGUUGUUUAAAAUCAUCAGCGCGACAGUUUGGGAGAGAGAAGACCCCAGGCUGGCUGGACACAACUAGACAGCUAAUUAAGACCUUACUUUUAUUUAUCUGCAGGAAACACGGUCAUAGGAAUUCCGAAAGGUGUCAAAGCUGAAAGUCAUGUUGCUGUCUCUGAGAAUAAUCACUCCUCUUUUCGCACUGCUUGCUGGAGUGCAAGCUGCGUUCAUCACAGACAACUGCAAGCUGAUUUCACAUAGUGACUCUGAGCAAAAUGCUCUCCAUUUACUGGAGCCUCUCACCAAUCAAACCUUCACCACGGAAGGAAAGGAGCAGGAUUAUUCCUAUAUUUUUCAGGUGUGUGGAGAUGUUGCCGGAAUGAAGGAUGCAGGUCUUGUGCAGAAAGAAAAAAAAGGAGAAAAGCUGGUCCGAAUUGGGAACUACACCAAUACACGAGCUGUCAGAGGAAGUGACUGGGUUCUGCUCUUCUAUGAAGGGGGAGAGAAAUACGACAGGCACUGUUCACAUGAGGCAAGAAAAGCCAUGAUUAUGAUUUCAUGCAGCACAAGCACAAAGAAUAAAUUUUCAGUGGUUUUGGAGGAGAAUCAGAAGGAAGAGGGCUGUUAUUACCUGUUUGAGCUGGACUCCAGUGCAGUCUGUCCUGUAAUCCCAUCCAAACUCAGUGCCGGCUCCAUAUUCCUUAUUAUUGUAUUCUGCUGCCUGGCUGUGUAUAUCACUGGUGGAUUCCUCUAUCAGCGACUGGUUGUUGGAGCCAAGGGAGUUAAACAGUUCCCUAACUAUUCCUUUUGGUCAGAGAUCGGCAACUUAUCUGCUGACGGAUGUGAUUUUGUCUGUCGUUCCCGUGGCAACAGACAAGAACCACCCACAUACAGAGGCGUGGGUACUGAAGCUCUUGGGGAGGAGCCAGAGGAAAGGGAUGACCAUUUACUUCCCAUGUGACCAAAUCACAUGAGCUAGGCAGGCUGGGCAGUUAUUACGGUUUUGGAACCCAAAGAGAGAUAUUCAGUUCAGCAGGCAUGUUCCUAUUUCAGAAGUGCUGCUGCUUUUUUUUUUUUUUUUUUUAUUUAAUCAUUUUUUUUUAAAACUUCCCAAUAGCAUUCAUUCUUUAUUUAUCCUUUAAAUUGUUGAUUUGGUGUUUGUUAAAUGUCAAAGUUUGCUAACUAGUUUUCCAAAAUCCAAAGACCCACAAUUAUAUUUGCUAAUUAGAUAUUAAUAAUAAGAUAACAUGAUCAACAUGCAGCACUGCCCGUUUUCUCUCUUUAUAGGAAGUAAAAGACACUGCAUGACUGUGUAAUAUGGUCACCACGAAGAUGUAGUUUGCUAUAAGUACUUAAUUUGAUUAGAAUUAAGUUUUACUUGCAGUAUGAACCCAUGUUUGAUGAAACGGAAAUUAAUUUUAUAAGCUUAUGCUCCACCAACUCAAUCAAUUAAAUGUUUAAAAAUUAUUAUUUUUUAUUUCUGAAUUUUGAAAAAUUAACUAAAAUAGAUUAUUUGAAAAAUUGCACUCACAAAUAUGCUUUGCUUUACAUUCCAAAUUAGCUACUUGUGUUAGUAUAAAGAAGUUACAAGGAUCUGACGAGGUCUACCUCUGCAGCCUGUUACAGCCUGUAUGUCAUGUUUCUGAAUGAUGAUAUUAAUGAUAAAUCAUAAAGGUUAUUAAUAAGAUACAUUUGAAGAAAAUGAUGCUUUCUAGAAGAUAAAAAGGCAUUCUGGGCGAGACCCAUUUGUGGCUCAUUUCUCUUGAUAUUAAUUAACAGUUGAAGUGAAACAACAUGAAAGUUAAUGUGUUUCCAUUUGUUUGGUUUUCUUUUCACUUUGGCUACUUGAUAUUGCAGACGUUUAUGAUUCUUUGACUGUGGGAUCUAUUUCAUACAGUAUAGAUUACUGUAAAUCCUCACUGGAAACCACAGCACAAAUUCCAGACUAUGACAGAGCACCAUUAUGUUUUUCUUACAUCGCUUUUUUACUGUGUACUGCGUGUUUUAAUGCACUGAAGCUUUUUUUUUUUUUUAGGGGAGUCAUAUAUUUUCCCUAAACAUAACUAUGUUCUUGAGGAGCCAAGAUCAUGAAUGAGCUUAAACGCUCCUGUUUUUGAGGUAUGUAGAUCAACUAUUUAAUCUACAUAAAACUAUUUUCAACUAUUUAAAGAAUCAGGAGGAAGAGAGCCGAUGGUUAUAAACACAAGCCAUACAAGGUGCUCUAUUAUUAUGUAUCAGCAAAGUUUUGGUCUGUGUAUAAAAGUCAGUUAGAGGCUCCUUAAAAAGCUGGUUUAGCUUCUGCUUUAAUAUCUAAGGUCCAUAUUAAUGGCAGAAAGGUAUGGUGCAUUUGGCUUGAUUCUGAUGUACUGUACUUCAUGAGAUAGAAGCCUGUGCAAAGAGGUGACUUCACUGUUCUUGCUACUGCUUUAUUGCUCUGUACAAUUUUAAUAUAAAAAUUAUUAAUUUUGUUUGCUUUGGAAUUAUUGAGGAGAUAGUGUGAAUAAAGUGUUUGAUUACUGGUG